UUGCGGGUGGUUGGUGAGGUUCUGSUGUUUGUGCUCUCCGCCAAAGGAGCUGGAGCAGAUGGCGAAGGARCAGGACAAGGAGUCGGAGAAACAAGCCUUGCUGCGGGAGGUGGAGAACCAYAAGAAACAAAUGCUCAGCAACCAGGUAGCCUGGAGAAAAGCAAAUCUGGCCUGCAAAAUUGCUAUUGACAACUCUGAGAAAGAUCAGCUGCUGCAAGGGAGAGACGUCUUAAGGCAAAGGAAGACCACAAAGGAAAGUCUGGCAGAGAGUGCAAGCAACAUCACAGAGAGUCUGAUGAGCAUCAGCAGGAUGAUGUCCCAGCAAGUGCAGCAGAGUGAGGAGACYGUGCAGACCUUAGCCAAUUCUUCCCGAACCAUCCUGGAAGCAAAUGAGGAAUUCAAGUCCAUGUCUGGGACAAUCCAGCUGGGGAGGAAGCUGAUCACCAAGUACAACCGCCGGGAGCUGACGGACAAGCUGCUCAUCUUCCUGGCCCUCGCCCUCUUCCUGGCCACAGUGCUCUAYAUCCUGAAAAAGAGACUCUUCCCAUUUUUGUAAAACUCCAACACUCACUGAACUAUUAAAAAACAACAAUCAGAAAUAGACGGUUGAUAAUGGUGGGGCUUUUCAAUGAAAUAAUAAAGGGAUAUUGCAAUAGCUGGASGAGUGUUAGGGCAGGCAGGAAUUUGUGCUGUCCCCAUGGAGCUUGUGACCUGCCUCAGAAGAGCUUAAUAGAUCAUAUUAUGGGAAGAAGAAAUGACAAUUUGCCUGUGGGUUUGGGGAAUCAAACGCUUGAGGGACUGGCACUCAAAGUUGCCAGUCUGAACUUUCAACCUCUCGCUGUUCUUUACCUUGAAAUUUUGUCCUUGGCUUGGACUGCAAACUGUUCUGCCAUCUGUGUCUGAGGUGGUGAGGGUAGGAGGAAGAAUGGAAGAGAAAAAACCUCAAAAAAAAGCCCUCAAUACAUUCCACUAAUAAAAUAUUUAUUGUAUUCA